GACCUGACUUGAAUCUUGGCCAACCCCCAAAAACUCGGGCUCCCCACAUUUUUAAGCCAACUUUCGUGCAAUAACGACGCCGCCACGGCUCUCCGGCUCUUUUUUUCCUGCUCCCCCUCACACUCUCAUCGGAAUAGAGACGACACAAUCAUCACAAAGCAUAUGAAAAAUGUGUUAUUGAAUCAAAAAAAAAUACGGAAGUCUAUACGAAUCGAUUAAAAAUUCGGAAGAGUGUUCUCAAAAAAUUAGUUUGGCAGGAAAAGUAUAAAUUCUAAAAUCGAUAUAAGAACCCCGUGAGUGUUUAGUGUUCGGAAGAGUGAGAUACAUAGAUACUGAGUAAGCACGCCCGCAACUCAACGCGCAGCAUCCGCAAUCCGUGUUGCAGCCAAAAAGCCGGAGAGUGCAUCCAAAUCGUCACUGGAAACUGGAACUAUCUUUGAGAUAUAUUUUCGCGUCGGAAGACACCACGUCGAGACCUUUGACGCUGUUGAUUUUAAUUGUUGCGGGGCCGCCCAUAGACGCUAGUGAAUUUAAAUAGGAUACCAGAACAGACCAUACCAGAACAGAUUCAGAUUCAGAUCAACACAAACAGAGAGCAUAAUGGUGGACUUCCGCUUCGACAUCAGACCCCUGUUCCCCGAGCCGAUAAUAAAGGUGACAUCGAACCUACUGCCGCACACCUUCCGCGGCGACAGGCGUCAGUGUUUGGAUGCCACCUCGAAGAUGUCGGAGAUCAUUGACAGGUUGGGUCAACUGUCGGCCACCUCGCAGGGCCUCAACAAGCCGGUGACCACCGCCCAACGCUUGCGAAUGUGCGACACCCAGACCAUCUAUUUGCUGGCCGAUACUGAAGCUGGACACAACGGCGCCGUUGCUGGUUUGUUGAAAGUGGGCACCAAGGAUCUGUAUCUGUUCGACGAGACUGGAAAAUCGCGCAAGGUGGAGAAUGCUCCGUCCAUCCUGGACUUUUAUGUCCACGAGACCCGUCAACGGGCCGGCCUGGGAAAGCGUUUGUUCGAGACCAUGCUGCGGGAGGAGCAAUGGUCGCCGGUCAAGUGCUCGGUGGACAGGCCGUCGGAGAAGCUUCUGGGAUUCCUCAAGAAGCACUAUGGUCUGAAGAAUAUCAUUCCGCAGGCGAAUAAUUUCGUGUUAUAUCAGGGCUUCUUCGGUGGUGGUUCUGGAACGCCCUCGGCCAACGGUAAUGGAAACUUGGACGCCCCAUCGCCACACCACACCGGGAACAAUGGUCUGCACAUCACAAACAGUCCUAACACACAGCUCUUUGGUGCUACUUACCUGGGCGAGGAUUCUAACCGGCGUCGUGGCUCCCAGCAACAGAGCGCCUCGACCACCGCCCUGCUCCAGCAGCAGAUAACACAAAUAUCACCGUCCGGACGUUAUGGGGCACCGCGUCCCUCCUGCAGCAUGGCCGAGAUAAUUCAUGCUGGAAGCUCGAAAAACGGCAAGGGUGGCGGUAGCAGUGCAGAAUCCAACAGCGGCAAUGGACAUGACAUUGCAGAGAUUGCCGCCCAGCUGGAGCAACAAACUCUGGCCGAUCUUGAGGCCCAGAGGUAUGAGCCCGAAUUCGAACCGGAGCCAGAGCCGGAGGUAGAGCCAGAACCAGAGCCGGAACCCGAGGUGAUAACACCACCAUCACCGCCGCCAAAGAGCCACACUCCCACUCCGCCAACAGUACGUUCCCCAGAAGUGGCGGAAAGCAUCAUCGGCGAUAACCGUCGGCCACCGGCAUUCCAGCUGAGCAAGCAGCACACGGGCAUGAAGAAUCGCUCCUUUGGCGUAGGCAUGGCGGUGAUGCCCAGCAGCAAGAUGGAAUUCGAUCAGAUGGAGCGCGAGGAUUUCGGUGUGGUGAAAAUCAAUCGUCCCCCAGGACACGAUGUCACCUCGCCCGGUCAGGACAAUACGGAUGCAAUGUCCACCGUGUCCUCCGGUGGAGGUGGAGGCCUCACCGAUCAGGGCUACUACGAUCUCAAGUUCUAUCACAACAAGUUGUGGUAAAGGCAACACAUUCGCAUAUUUUGUACGUCUGGCAUAAGAGAAUAAUUAAAGAAAAUUAAAAUCUAGACUUAAGAAGGUAUUAAUCAAACACUCCUUAAGGGUUCCUGUACUUCAGUUCGAUGAUUUUGAUGUGAGCUUCUUCAGAUUUUUGUUGAUUUGUUCAUUUGUUAAAAGCAACGCACUUCUAGCCACACUACAAUUACAAUUACAAUGUUAACAAUAGAAAAAUGAAUUAUGUAUGUAGAUUAGAUAAUGUCGAUACCCAAUCCAAGUAACCCAAUCCAAGUCUGUAUCUUCCAAUUACAGAAAACGCGAAUAUUUCGAACAAAUCUAUAGUGAAUACAUGCUCUAAAUAGGCACAUCGCCACCAUACCAUCAUAACAAUAAUCAUCAUUCUCUAAAACAUUUAUAGUUUAUAGAUGAGACCCCUUGAAUGCAAAAUUAGA